UUUUACAAUUACCACUACACCACAUCAGGGCCAAUACCAAACCAAAGACCCACUUCUCCUUUAUUUACGAAUAAAACAGACCAUCUGAAAUAAGUGUACAAACUCUAAUACUAAAGCGACACAUUCAGUAUCCCUGCUGCUCAACCAUGGAGGUGAUGCUGAGACCUCUUCUUACUCUACUCUUCAUCCUCUUCUUUAGCCACAUUUCAGUUGAGGUCUCAGCAACGACAAUUGCACUGUACAACAAAUGCUCGCACCCAGUAUGGCCAGGCAUUCAACCAGGUGCAGGCAAGCCCGUCAUCGCCCGAGGCGGAUUUAAGCUCAACCCCAACCAAGCCUACUCCCUCAAAGUCCCGGCCGGCUGGUCCGGCCGCAUCUGGGGUCGUCAGGACUGCUACUUCGACGCCUCUGGCAGAGGCUGCUGUGUCACCGGCGACUGUGGCGGGAACCUCUACUGCAAUGGCCUCGGUGGGACACCCCCAGCCACCCUAGCCGAGAUCACAUUCGGGGAACAAGAUUUCUACGACGUCAGCCUUGUCGACGGCUACAACCUGCCCAUCUCCAUCACCCCGUUUAGGGGCACCGGAAAGUGCAACUACGCAGGCUGCAUUAGCGAUCUGAAUGAGAUGUGCCCGGUCGGGUUGCAAGUCCGAUCUCGCGACAACCGGCGGGUGGUGGCUUGUAAGAGCGCUUGCUUUGCAUUCAAGUCGCCCAAAUACUGUUGCACCGGGACUUACGGCAACCCUCAGUCCUGCAAGCCAACUGCUUAUUCCAGGAUCUUCAAGUCUGCUUGUCCCAAGGCUUAUUCCUACGCCUAUGAUGACCCAACUAGCAUUGAGACCUGCCGUGGUGGGAGCUACUUGGUCACAUUUUGUCCUCACCAUUAGAUCCUUUCCUCUCUCUCUCUCUCAAUCUAUCUUUAGUCAGUGUUUGUUCACUAAGGCUAUAAUUAACCAGUGUUUCUCUCUUAUAUGAUCUUUCAGAAAUUACAGUUGUAAUCGAGUAAUAGCCUUUAUUACUCUCUUGGAAAAUUAUGAUGAGUGGGUUUUUAAUUUAUCUAUCUAUACUUCCUUUGCUUGAC